AUGGAGGGGGUACUAUCUCAGUUUUCUUUUAUUUAUGCUGCUACUACGGCUCUGAAGCGUAAAAGCCUUUGGUCAGAUUUAUUGCAUCUUCGGCAGAAUACAUCUGUUCCUUGGAUGGUGAUUGGGGACUUUAACGCCGUUUUAGGUGCCCAUGAAUGCUUGGGUGGGCAACCUCCUAUUCGUUCAUCUUGUGAGGAUUUCAGAAGUGUCACUGAGCUUUGUGAUUUUUCUCAUAUGGAUACUUCAGGGGCUUUCUUUACGUGGGCUAGGGGUCAUGGGCGAAGUCAUAUUGAACGCCGCCUUGAUCGUGCUUUAUCUAAUAGGAAUUUUAUUGGGGGACCAAAGCCCUUCAAAUUUCAAUCAAUGUGGCUUCUUCAUCCUUCUUUUCAGGACCUUGUAGCGAAUUAUUGGAGAACUACUACUCCUGCUGGUUGCCCAAUGUAUGUCACUCUGCAAAAGCUUACAGCUUUGAAGCUAUGCCUCAAGCAUUGGAAUUACAGUGUCUUUGGGAAUCUGAAGUCGAGGCCGGCCAAAACAGCGAUGCUUGAUGCAACUCGGCGUCAAGAAGCAUUUUGGAGGGAUAGGGCCAAGGUUAAGUGGCUUACAGAUGGGGACAAAUGCACCUCUUUCUUUCAUGCCUAUGCUAGAAACAAGACCGCCAGAGCUAGCAUAAAUUGUCUUCAUGAUGGUCAUUCUCUUCUAACUGACUUGGAAGACAUAUCCAAUCAUGUUGUAACCUUUUACCAAUCAUUAUAUGGCCCAGAUGUUGUAGCUUUUGUGCAAUAUUUCUUUCAGCAUAACUGGUUGUACCCUAAUGCCAAUUCUAAUUUUAUUGUGCUUCUUCCAAAAGUUGAAGGUGCAAACUUAAUUUCCCAAUUUCGGCCAAUUGCCUUGGUGUAUUUUCUUUUCAAGAUUAUACCAAAAAUUUUGGCUGAUCGUUUGGGCCCUAUUGCCUCACGUAUUAUCUCACCUAAUCAAUCUGCAUUUCUGCCGGGACGUCGUAUUUCUGAUUGUAUUGGUCUGGUCUCUGAGGGUUUCAAUUUAUUGGACAGGAAAACUAGAGGUGGUAAUGUGGGUAUCAAGGUUGAUAUUGCUAAAGCUUUUGAUACCCUAAAUUGGCAGUUCUUAUUUCAGGUUCUCCAUCAAUUUGGUUUUUCGCCAGACUUCAUGAAUUAUGUCAAUACCAUCCUUAAUUCAGCAAGAUUGUCAGUUAUGAUUAAUGGUUCUCCAAAAGGUUAUUUCCCUUGUGCUAGAGGAGCAAGGCAAGGGGACCCUUUAUCCCCACUUUUAUUUUGUAUCGCUGAGGAGGCGCUGAGCAGAUGA